GAACACAUCCAUCACGUCAAAUCCUCGCCUCCCGCCCAGCCGUCCGCCCCAAUUGACCCCGGGACGUCAAGUCAAUUGACACUCCUUCGAAUCUCCCCUCCUCCUCGAACAUCCUCCUCGACACAAUGGCCCACGCACUCAUCGCGCGACGCCAGCUCGCCUCCGCUGCCAGCAGCAGAGCUAGCAUCCUCGGCCUGGUUCAACAGAGAAGCUACGCGACACCUCAUGGACCCCCUCCCGCCAACUUCCGAACGAGCAAGCCUGUGCAGUGGACCUGGGACAGGGAGAGCACCCUCGAUCGCAUGGGAAAGUUUUUCCUCAUGACGGAGAUGGCGAGGGGCAUGUAUGUUCUGCUUGAGCAGUUCUUCCGACCACCUUAUACGAUUUACUACCCUUUCGAGAAGGGCCCUAUUUCUCCUCGAUUCCGUGGCGAGCACGCCCUUCGACGAUACCCCUCCGGUGAAGAGCGAUGCAUUGCCUGCAAGCUUUGCGAGGCUAUUUGCCCCGCCCAAGCCAUUACCAUCGAGGCUGAGGAGCGAGCUGACGGAUCCCGCCGAACAACCAAGUACGAUAUUGACAUGACCAAGUGCAUUUAUUGCGGUUUCUGCCAGGAGUCCUGCCCCGUCGACGCUAUCGUUGAGUCGCCCAACGCCGAGUACGCCACCGAGACCCGAGAAGAGCUUCUUUACAACAAGGAGAAGCUUCUCUCCAACGGAGACAAGUGGGAGCCUGAGCUUGCAGCUGCUAUCCGCGCCGACUCACCAUACCGAUAAACGAUACGAAAAGGACAGGGAGAAGAGGAAAGCAUGGUUUUUAUGUUGUUUUGUUUGUUGCCUCGGGUCGUUUGAGACAUCGCUUUUGAAGGAACAGGAUCUUCUUUUUUUUUUUUUGGUGGAAAGGCGGCAUGGGAUACGAUGAGGCUUCAGACGGAAGGGAGAGGUGGGUGUACAUAAUCUAGAUGUCCAAAAAUGCCCCUUUGUCACUCAAUUGGUUGGUUUGUGUGAAGCUGAAGGCGGGAGAAGUCAUGGUCAAGAGAAGCAGUGUACAAUUUGGGCACGGUGAUGAGGUCAGUUGUGAUCACUAACGGGAGUUUCAGCACAUCCACAUCAACAUCAUAAUCAUGAUUCAUUCAACUAAUUAUAUACAACGAAACGCUCAAUCUUGGCUUAUUUGGGAGCUGGGUAUGCGCACUUCUUAACCUCAGGCUUGGUCUCAGCAGCCGCGAGAGCAACCUCAGUCAAACCAGAAGCGACCUGCUUCAUCCACAUAUGGUACUGCUUCUCACUAGGAUAGAACGGACAAGCCGCCGAACCACUCUCCUCACCAAACUCAAUAGUGUAGCUCUGCAACUUGCUCUUACCGCAAGCCUUGCCGUAGAAUCGGCCAAGGGCGUAGUCAGUGCUGGCUCCGGAAGUAGGAUACAGACCAACAGCCUCUUGCACGACGUACUUGGUGGUACCAGCGCUCUCCAUGGACUUCUUCAUGCUGUUGCCAACCUUCUUUUGGACGUUGAUGUCCUUGGAGGUGAUGUACUCCUUGUACUUAGUCUUGGGGGUCUCAGCGUCGCCGAGAACACCACGUCGUCCGUCGAACUUCUUGUUCGCGAAACUCUCCUUGGGGUCCUUGGUCUGCGCAUCAUCAUCACCCCAUGCGUAGAGGAUAUCGCCGCCGAAAGAGUGCAGGUCGACAAACCAGCUCAGGCUCUUGUACUUGUCCAUAACCCAGACGACGUUCUUGGUCUCGGGCUCUGACUCGGGGCCAGUACCGUGGAAGACCUCGCUGGUAGGAUCCUCAGAGGCAACGGAGCUCAGAUCAAUGCCUGAGUUGAACGCCUUCUUGUAGUUGAACAAGAAGUCGUAGUUGCGGUUGAUGUCGAUACCAAUGGCAUCAGGGUUACCCUUUGAACUCUUGGGGUUACGGUUCUUGCGCCAGCAUGAGUUGGUGGAUUGAUCGAACUUGACACCAUCGGGGUUGAUGAUGGGAAGGACGACGAUACCGCCAUCAACAGCCUUGCGGACUUGGGCAGCAGUGAAGGUAGUCUUGCCAUACUUAAGACCCUUACCCGCCUUACGAGCGUGAAGGAGGUCAGAAAGCCAGUAGACUACAUGAUCGGGACCACCACGCUCACGCGCAUGGGCACCGCUAAUGAUGAAGAACUUGGGGUUCUUUCCAAUCUUUGCACCAAGGGUCUUUACACCCUCAUAGGUCUUGUAGGGGGGACGGAUGAGCUCAACCUCCUUGAAGUUCUUAGCAAGACCCUCAAGAGCGGAAGAGACCUCAGCGGGAGUGAGAAUGGACUUGAGGUUGCGGUCUGAGGUGGAAAGGCCCUUGGGGACGAUAGUGCCCUUCUUGAAGCGAUCGCCCGUUCCGAUGGGGAAAUCGGGUUCCGGGCGGGUGGCCUGUCUAGCGGCGAGGACUGCAGCGCGCUCCGAGUGGGGGAUUGAGUCGGAGGGGAUGAGACAGGCAGAAGCCGAAAGAGCGUAGGCCAAAAGUUGAAGCUUCAUGAUUGGGACCCGUUGUAAAGAAAUAACUACCAGUAAAGUCAAAAGGGCGAUGAGGAGUAAAAGAAGUCCCAAUGAUGGGAGAGAAGAGGGUUAUAUUUAAGCUUAAGCUUAAGA